UUUGACAUCAUGGACGACACAGAAACGUUGCUAGCAUUAGUCUGCAGCCUAUUGACCAUUCCACUCCCAGCAAUGGAUAUUCUGCUCGAUGCGCUCUUGUCGUGCGAUGGAGAUGCCCAUGCUACUGCUAAACUGCUUAAUUCUGGCAAUGAGACACAGUCUAAGCCAGUGAGCAGCGCCUCAAAAAGAAAGGAUCGUUCUGCGGACCUUCAAGACUGGUUGAAUGCAGGCAAUUCAAAGGUCGAAACCAACAGUCCUCCUCGAAAGAAACGAGAUGUCAAGGAA